AUGUUCCCGUUCUGCGCUGAGUUUGUGUCGGAGCUAGUGCGCAACAAGAGUCCGCUGCAUAAGCUCUUCAUGCACUCCACCAUUCUGCUGCUCAAGCUGUUGCCGCUGUGGCUAUGCGUCAAGGUUUUCUGGUUCAUGCGAGCCCCGUUCGGCCUGCUGCAGGUGACAGCAGGGGAGACCCAGGCGGUGCAUGAGAGGACACUGGCCACCAUAUACCGGGACAAGGUCAUGGACGUGCAAGGGCAGGCGGACAUCCUCAUUCUGGCGCCCAGUGCGUUGGGGCCGUACACCAAAGACAUGUUCCUCAACCCCCUCCUCGUGCGCGCAUGCCCGUGUGUGUUCACGCAACCCAUUCACCCCUUGUUUUCCUUGCCAUGUCUUGCUAUGCCUGCGCAUGCUGUGUGCUGUGCUGCUCCCAUCAUCCGUCCCCAUCCAUGCUCUUCUCAUCCGUCCCCAUCCAUGCUCUUCUCAUCCGUCCCCAUCCAUGCUCUUCUCAUCCGUCCCCAUCCAUGCUCUUCUCAGUCGCUCCGCACUCUAACCGCCCCGCGUGCCCCAUGGUUGUAUGAACCCAUGCAGGUGAACACAUACGCGCUGGGAUACUAUUACAACAUGUAUGUGGACGGCGUGCCUCUACUCAAGGAGGGCGGCUGUGUGAUAAUGGUGAACGAGAUGAACUACGAGUGGUCAUCGCCGGCGCACGACGCGUACCGGCGGCUCUUUGAGGAGGUGCUGGCAGUGGCUCCAGGGCUGGACGAGUUUGAGCGCUUCCAGCAGCAGUUCGUGCAGGACGAGCACCUGAAUGACAUCUACCGCCAGGGCCUGGGGCCUGCUGCCGUGCACGGCUUUUACAUGUACACGUGGGCCGCUCACGGCAUGGAUAAGGUGGGCAAGGUGUAUGUGGUGGGUGCUGUGGACCCGCGGGGGCCGGCUGUGCUGCGCUGGGAGAUGGCGGACAGCAUACAGGACGCAGUGGACCAGGCGCGGCUGUUCCUGGGCAACAGCAAGGCGGAGGUGACGUAUCUGAGGUGCCCGCCGGUGGGGUAUGUGCGCGUGCACACGGAGGGGCAGGGGGAAGGCAGUGCUGCGGAGCAGGUGCAAGGGGAGGCAGCGCAGGCCGUGGGCAAUCACCACUGA